UGAUGGAAGGGACCGCUAAACAUUCCCAACAACUCAGGAGAGGUCUCCCUUUACAAUUUUAACUAUUUGAUAGUUUUUCCACUAACUAACCAGAGACAGCUGACAUAAUAAUAACAAGAUAAACUUUGGGAAUAUCUCCAGUGUGGAUGAUUGUCAGUGAGUGACCCACAGCAACAGCGAGGGGGAGCCAGCAGCAGCGACCCUUGAACCACACAUCUGUGAUCCAGGAUAACAGACAGUCAAGCUGCUCCGUGACGAGAAGAAAGCAUACACACCUCAUAGCAGGUUUAUAUGGAGGCUAUUUUGAACUGCAAACCAGAGGACUUGGAGGAUUACUACGGGCUGUUAGGGUGUGAUGAGUUGUCGUCGACUGAACAGAUCCUCAAUGAAUACAAGAUCCGAGCCUUGGCAUGUCACCCAGACAAACACCUAGACAAUCCAAAAGCAGUGGCAGAUUUCCAAAAGCUGCAGGAAGCCAAAGAGGUUUUGUGUGAUGAAACCAAAAGAAAAAACUACGACCUUUGGAGAAGAAGUGGAGUUAAUAUUCCGUUUAGUGACUGGCAAGCCUUGAACGACUCUGUAAAAAUGUCAAUGCACUGGGCUGUGAGAAAUAAGAAGGAACCAAUGUUGGAGGCCUCAAAUGCAGAAAGCCCUGUCACUUCCCAAGCAGAGGACCCUCAGUCUGAGCAAGACGCAACGAGGAUUUCAUCAUGUGACACGCCAUCCUCAAGUGAUUACUGCCAUCGACGUUUCCGCUGGGCCGGCGACUCACCAUCUAGUCUGCUGCAGAAGUUCAGAAAUUAUGAAAUAUAAAUAUAUCAACAGUUUAAUUAUGUGUAAAUGUUUGUGUUUUGUUGUUGUCCUUACUCAGUUGGGACCCUGUGAACUGUGGUGUCAGUUUCUGUGAAUAUGGCUCGGCUAUAACUCACGAAACUUGUUCCAUAAACUGGAACCUGUGAGCUCUAAAUGUGUCCGUCGCAAGUGUCAAAUGUUUUGUCAAACAGAAAUCAAAGAGUUGUGUAUGAGAUUAUAAGAAUAAUUUAUUUUGUCGUUAGUUUUGCUGAGAUUUGAUCAUGCCUGAUGCUGGAGUACCUUUAAUGCUGUAAUAUGUGUUUGUCUGUAAUGUUGGGACCAUAAAACUGAAGCAUCUUGUGU